GGACUUCCUUGUUGUUGCUAAGACACUCUUGUUUCGCUCCUUGACAACCCUGGCGGGGGUGCGCUAGCUGCGGCCCCGGCUCCGGCCCCCGCGGGAGCAGCACCCCUUGAGGAAAGACAUUUUCUGCUACCACCCAGUUGGCAGGGCCUGCUUCCGAAAUCUCCCGGGGGUGUCUUCACUGCCAGUGCCCGCGCCUCCUGAAAGCCCCACUCUCUCCCUCCAGUGGUCACAGUGGAAGGAUCAUGGGAGAAACAGAAGGGAAGAAAGAGGAGGCUGAUUAUAAGCGACUGCAGACCUUCCCUCUGGUCAGGCACUCGGACAUGCCAGAGGAGAUGCGAGUGGAGACCAUGGAGCUAUGUGUCACGGCCUGUGAGAAAUUCUCCAACAACAACGAGAGCGCGGCCAAGAUGAUCAAGGAGACAAUGGAUAAGAAGUUCGGCUCCUCCUGGCACGUGGUCAUCGGCGAGGGCUUUGGGUUUGAGAUCACACAUGAGGUGAAGAACCUCCUUUACCUGUACUUCGGGGGGACCCUGGCUGUGUGUGUCUGGAAGUGCUCCUGACGCCGUCCCCACUCCGGCCCCCGGCCCUGCAGGGCCACUUCCUGCCACCCCUCGGGGAUGGGGAGCAGCCCCAGGCAGGUCCUGGUGUGUCAGAGGAGAGUCUGGGAUCUUUCCUUUGGCCCUUUCCUACGAGUCUCUGAGCC